GCCGACCAGGAGCAGGUGGAAAAGCAGGCGGGUGACGAUCGGCGUUUCUUUAUUCAAGCGGCUAUCGUGCGCAUCUUGAAGUCGCGGAAACAGGUAAAGCACAACGCCUUGGUAAAGAGUGUUGUGGACCAGGCCAAAAAUCGCUUCCAGCCACCUAUACCACUUAUUAAGAGGUGUAUUGAAAACCUCAUCGAGAAGGGCUACAUGGAGCGUUGUCCCUCUGACCCGGAUCAGUAUAGUUAUCUGGCCUGA